AUGAUUAUGGAUCAGCAACAACAGCAACAACAGGCACCACCAUACUACGAUCAACGCAUGUAUUAUCAGCAAGAUAUGGCUGCAUCGCCAUACAACUAUCACAAUCCUAUGUAUGCCCAACAACAGCAACAGCCACAACAACAAGAUCCCUAUUAUCGUUUGCAGCAUCCUCCACAAGGUUUUCAAAAUGCACCCGGUUUUCAAGAAUACAAACAACCACCACCAUUGUAUCAACAGCAAAGUAAUCAAAUGCCUGCACGCAUGCCACAGCCUGAAUUGCAGCGAUAUGAUACAACAUCCAUGAUGGGUGGUUUUGAUUUUAGCCCAGUGUUUCCAUCAACAGCACCACCACCAUCUAGUACAGCUGCUGCUGGGGGAGCUCCAAAUGUGAGUGGUAAUAAUAGCCACUAUUCACCGGCAAGAGCAACAUCGUACAACCGUGAUACCCUUAGCACAUCGCCAUUACUUGACCCAGCUAGCCCAAAUCGAGUACAGCUACGCAUUGAAGGGGAUUUGGAUGCAAUGUGUGAUGGGUGGACCCCCGAUGAAUGGGCACAGCGUCGUCGACUUGUUCAAUUUUGGCGUGAUGAAGAAGGUCAAAUCAUCCGUUGCGGUUUCCAGCCUGUUGCUCAAGAAGCUCAUCGUGGUCAAGUCAAUUCGAUCGAAGGAUUUACUAUUGUUUCAUGCAUCUAUUGGCCCGAGCGCAACGACUAUUUCAUCACAUCCGUUGAUCUCAUUCACUUGCUCGAAGUUGUUAUGCAUAUGCAAUUCACCGUCGAAGAAAAGAACCGCGUAAGACGUAAUCUGGAAGGUUUUCGCCCAUUGACUGUAUCAAAAUCACGUCCAGAAAGUACAGACUUUUUCAAGUUGAUCAUGAAUUUCCCUCAUCCAAAGCCACGAAACAUUGAAAAGGACCUCAAAGUCUUUCCAUGGCGAACAUUGGGUAUGGCCCUCAACAAGAUCGUUGCAAAGUAUCGCAUGGUCCAAAAGUAG